UCAAAGUUGAGAUACGAUUGGAUUACAACUCUGGGAUUUGGCAUAUUUCUCACCUCUUUGGGCGUAAUAUUGUGCUAUUUGUACGGUUGGGACAUCGGAGAGACGGACGGCUGUCUGGACCUAAUGGUCGCCAAUAGUUCCCAACCAACCAACUCAUCGCUGGACGGCGGGCUUGAGCUGCCGCGGGAACAGUCGGAUGUGACCGAAAACCUGAAACUGCUAUUCUUCGCGUGCGGCGCCGCCGGCUUCGUGGCGAUGGCCUCCACUGUACUCGCAUUUCCGGCCGAAGUGCGCGUAUUUCUCAACGAACACCGCAACCGAUGGUAUUCAACGAGUUCUUACUAUUGGAGCAAAUCCUUGAUUGAGAUACCCGUAACCGUCAUAUGGCCUCCACUGUACUCGCAUUUCCGGCCGAAGUGCGCCAAAUCCUUGAUUGAGAUACCCGUAACCGUCACCCUAUCGGUCCUCUAUUCAACCAUCAUAUUCUACGCCAGCGGUCAAGAGUCGGACGAGUUCUUUCGGUACGGCUACUUCGUCAUGGUCAAUGCGGGCGGACUGUUAGUGGGCAACGGAAUCGGUCACGUAUUUGGUAUAGUGUUUGCCCAUAACUAUCAAUUGGCAAUCAUAACAAGUGUGGCCUUUUAUCUGACCGUCUUUUUGUUGGGCGGUUUCCCAAUACGGCUCUACACUCAGGACGGCUUUAUUCGUGCCAUUAGUUACAUCUCUUGUGUUAAAUUCAAUUUUUACUCAAAUGUGAUCACAUUAUACGCCUUCGACAGAUGCGACUCAACACAGAUAAGUCUGGCGUUGAAACAGUUUGAUCUAAAACAUGAUGAAAUGUGGGACAAUUGCGCCUGGAUUUUAGGUCAAUUAGUCUUUUUUCGGAUAUUUGAUAAUUAUGGGUAUAGUAAUAACGAGUUGGCGAUCGCGUGGACUAACUUGGGUUUUGUCCAAAAGAGUUUGUUUGGCAAACGAGUGAAGACUAUUCUGGACUCACUUAACGGUCAAAUCAAUUUCCAUACAUUGACGGCACUAAUGGGUCCGUCGGGUGCGGGAAAGACCACACUUUUGAAGUGCGUUAAUAUGCGCUCCAACUCUGGCCUCACGGCUGACACACAGAUGUUUGUCAAUAAAUACACGGAUUUGAGGACUUGUUUUAUAAUGCAAUCAUCCGAUGAACACAUCCUUAAAGGACUGACUGUUAGGGUAACUGUUGGUCACAUAUAUCGCGACAAUUUUGCCCAAACGGGAGAUUCACUCUUAUGUUUUGAUGCGAGCGAUGAAACAGAUUUUAAUCGUAAGUUUAGUUUGUGUGACGACUUCGAGCCGCUGGACAUUAACGGCAACUUUGAUCACAACCUGAAUGUGCGGCGAAUACUAUCGGAACUGCUUCUGGAGGACUGCGCCGACACUUGUGUCCAGACAUGCAGUGGUGGCGAACAGAAGCGACUGACAGUUGGUCUGGAAUUAGUUCAACAAAAUAAGCCAAACCUCAUGUGUAUAGACGAGCCGACCAGUGGUCUCGAUAGCAAUGCAGCGGAAUUAGUAUAUUAUCGUUUGGUUCCAAUAAUCCAUAGUAAAUUAAAAUUAUAG